AUGAUAUUUGUCUCAUACUAUAUCUUUAGGAACAUAUUGAAUUAUCAACCUAACAGCUCUCUUAUAAGUUACAAUUUAAACAUAUUUGUGGUUAAUUACAAGUGCUCCUCUCUUGUCCCCACAAAAGCUUCAAAUAGAAGCCGGCUAACCAAGCCAAAGUGCAAAGAAUUCAUGAUUAAGCAGAUUUGCCUGCUAAUGAUAGAAAGGUGGGCUUGGGUUUAUAAUUCGACUAAGACAACAACCUUCAAAACUGUUUUUUCCUCGAGGCCCAAAACUAUCCGUUUGACAACAAGUUCAAACGUAAAAGUCAAACGCAACACCAAAACAAAACUCAAAACCAUCUUCCACGAAACACUUUCCGACAGCUCCAACCGUCGUCACCGCAUCACCGCCAUCAAUGCUGCUCAUCCCUUUAAUUCUGCUCCCCGUCCUUCUCCUCCUCCUCUUCUUCAUCGUCCGCCCCGUCCGGUCACCAUCCCAAUCAAAAACCGCCACGUGUUCAUAACAGGCGGGUCAAGCGGCAUCGGGCUAGCCUUAGCUCACCAGGUCGCUUCCCAAGGAGCCCGAGUCUCCCUCUUAGCUCGAUCUCUCAACAAACUCGAAGAAGCGAAAGAGUCGAUUCGCCUUUCUUCCGGGGUCGACGUUUUGAUCUUUUCCGCUGACGUUCGUGACUACGACGCCGUUCACAGGGCGGUUAACGACGCGGGACCCAUCGAUGUGCUGGUGGUCAACCAAGGGGUCUUUGUGCCUCAGGAGCUGGAGAAGCAGGGAUUGGAUGAGGUCAGGUUUAUGAUAGAUGUGAAUUUGAUGGGUAGUUUCAAUGUCAUCAAAGCUGCUUUGCCGUUGAUGAAGGAGAGGAAGGACCGCCGACCCACCUCCAUCGCUCUUAUUUCUUCCCAAGCUGGUCAGGUGGGAAUCUAUGGUUACACAGCUUACUCCGCCACUAAAUUUGGACUGCGGGGAUUAGCAGAAGCAUUGCAGCAGGAAGUCAUUGCUGAUAAUAUUCAUGUCUCUGUUAUAUUCCCACCAGAUACUGACACUCCUGGUCUUGAGCAAGAAAAUAAAGUUAGACCAGAGCUCACAAAAAUACUAGCAGGCUCCUCUGGUUCAAUGAAAGCUGAUGAAGUUGCCAAGAAAGCUUUAGAUGGCAUCAAAUCUGGAAGUUUCAUUGUCCCUUGCAACUUUGAGGGGCACAUGCUCGCCAUAGCUACUUCUGGUUUAUCCCCUCAGAGAUCUUUCUUGAUGGCAUUUGUUGAGGUGGUUUUUGCUGGUAUAUUACGUCUUAUAGCUUUAUUUUUCCAAUGGAACUGGUAUGGGAGCAUAGAACAGUGGCAUGCGAAAAGAAAAGAGACAUAAAAUUCCUGGUUGCUUGAUAUGGAUCGGCAUUCCUUCUUCCAGCAUAUCUGUUGCUUACUUCUAAGAUCUCAUGGAUGUGGAUCUUUGAAUAAUAACAAGUUUCAGCAUUCAACCUUCAGAAACUGAAGCUCUCCCGCAUUCUCCAUCUAAUACUCUGAAUGUUACAACUAAUGUGAUGUUGAUCCAAUAGAUGGACACCAUAAUUUCUCAUUUGAAGUUUCAAAUUAGCUAUUUCUAGAAGUAGAUGUAAGCAAAUUUUGAUAAACUGAAUAGCUGCAACCAUCAUCGCUGGAGCAUGUUAUAGCGUGUAUUACAAGUUGUCAAUAGAAUUUGGAGAUAUACAAUUUUUCCAAGAAUUAUGGAGUUUUAAUCGAGAAAACCGUCUUGUACCUCGAUAAACAAUUCUUGUCUAUUUACUCUUUGUUUCACCCAUAUUACUUUGAUCACAGCAUUGAUGGUUAUUCUUGUAUUUCAUUUAUGUUCCUUGGCAGAAAUGAAACUUAAAAUGGGAAAGUAAGAUCUGAGUUGGGA